AUGAUGACCAUAGUAUCUUUUCUCUCCGCAGCUCUGCUGUUGCUGGUUCCUGGGAUCCUGACUGAAAGUAAUGUAGAAUAUAUUGACUUACUUUACCUCUUUGUAAUGUUAUCUUUAUAAUUUAUACAGUAUAGUGGACAUUGAAAAUUCCAAUUUUAUACAGAGGCUUAUGGACCAAACCUCAUCGAGUUGACGAUCGUCAACAGCAUCUCCAAUGCACCCAAUGAGACCUACAGUGCUGACAUCGUAUUCAGAGGGAUCCUCCUCGGUGCCAUGAGGAGACUGCAGGAGACCAAUGCAGACUUCAAGUCAGUAGACAUUUCGAUUCUAUUGUCUGAUUGGUUUCUAGAAUAGCUCAUAUAUGCAAUGAGAAAUAGUUUUUAUGCCAAUUUACAGACAAUGUUCUGUAGUUCAAUGUGUCAAUAAUUGCAUGACAUGGAGUGGUACAGCAUUUUCCUGUUUCCAAUGUGAAAAAGUAAUGGUGGUAUGCUUGCUGUUGCAAUGGAUAAAGGGUAUCAUAACUGAUAACUGGUGUGUCACAUAUUUUAUGUUAUGUCAGUAGUCAGUGAGCAUUGUUCUUCCAGGUUCACCUACACAGAGGACCCCAACUAUGGUCCUUUCCUGGAGAGUGUGAAUGAUGUUGCCGGGGACAGUGCUGAGCACACUUACUGGGAGCUCCUUGUUCAGACUGGGGAGAAUGGACCCGUGAUCAGACCUGAUGUGGGUGAGUAAUGAUUUAGAAUAUCGCUCUCUCUCCAGAAUUAAGUGCAAAAGCAAGUGUUAUUUACAACAACUAUUUGUCACACAAAUUGUGCACCUACUGUAAAACACUAAUUACCUAUUUGGACCAUGUUUUCACAGGUAUUGGCUGUUACAUCCCAGAACCAAAUGACCGCAUCAUCCUGAAUUUUACGAAA